AUGAAAAAAGCCGCCCGAGAAUUGGAUUGUCUCCGUCAACAAACACAAGUGCGCUCACACUCGACCAGCUCGGUAUACCACCCCAUCAUGGCCGGCAAGUCCAAGACAAAGAAGUUUCCCGAAGUGCAGGGCGGUGGGAGUCUCAUUCUAGCCUGGCGCAUCAAAGACAAGAAGGUCUUGGUCGUUGGAGGCGGAGAGGUCGCCGCCGGCCGCAUUCUCAAUUGCCUCGAUGCCGACGCCAAAGUCACCGUGGUCUGCCCGGCAUCGGGCCUCAACCCCGAAGUGGCACACCGAGUCGAGCACGCGCAGGUCACCCACGUCGAUCGCCUCUUCGAACCCUCCGACCUCGAUGGCGCAGACAUGGUCCUCGUCGCCAUUGACGACCCCGCCGCCUCCACGACGAUCUGGAAGUUGUGCAAGGAACGCAGGAUACCCGCCAACAUUGCCGACGUGCCUCCGGAGUGCGACUUUUACUUUGGCAGCGUCCACCGCGACGGCCCGCUGCAGAUCAUGGUCAGCACCAAUGGCAAGGGACCCAGGCUGGCCGCCAUCAUUCGGCGGCAAAUUGCCAAGUCGCUCCCCAAGAACGCCGGCAAUGCCAUUGAGGCCAUCGGUACACUGAGAGCGAAGCUGCGCAAGAUUGCGCCGAACCCGGAGGAGAGCCCCAAGCGGAUGGGAUGGAUGAUCAAGGUCAGCAACAAGUACGACUGGAACGAGUUCUGCGAUCUCACCGACGAGGACAUGGAGAACCUCCUCACGUUUUAUGCGGGCGGCCAGGUGCCCACCAUCGACGAUCUUCUGGCCAUGAGAAAAAACCCCGGCUUCAAUGUGAACGACGUGUUCGACGGGUCCUUCGGCUUCUGCGUGGGUGUCUGA